AUGCAGUCGAAAAAGAUGGUGAACACUGGUAACCAAAAGCUCUGGCGCAUCUUCGCGCGCGCAGCCAGGGCCACCGAACGCACCAGGCACGAGGCUAGGGUAGCAACCAACGGGAGCUUGUUGACGUGCAACAGGGUGGUCUCGUUCGCGAUCAACAGAACUAUCGCAGAUAUGGCCGCUACGGCGACAAAAGCGACCUCGUGGCGCGCUCUCUCAGACCAUGUCGCUGAAUUGAAGUCCGUGGUCGCGACAGCGUGUGUCGCCGCCAUGGUAUGCCGAGGGAGCAAGGAGCAGCGAGUGUAA